AGAGUCUUGUAAUUUUGCCAGCACAGAGCGCCAGAACUACACUAGAGGAAGAGAGAGCUCUCUCACAAUUGGAUCAGUUUGAUUUCAAGAAACCCUAGUUCCCCCCAAUUUCACUUCCAAUUCCAAUCCAACGCCACUCUCAAUGUUCAACAGCAACAGCGUAUCAAUCUCAGUCUCCGAUGACGAAUCCGACGAGCUCGGCCGGAUGCGCGUCCGAGUUCGCCGGAAGCGCAAGAAACUCGGCCACCGAUUCAAGAACGAGUUCGUUCGCCGAGUGGUGAGGAAUCUGGUCAGGUACUGGGCCCUUCUGAUUCUUCUGCCAGCCAUUGGUUUGCUUCUGUAUGAGGCUUGGAGUAUCGGCUGGAAAUCCCCACAGCUCAAUAGUAAGUCCGAAAAGCCGAGUUUGGUCCACUCGGAACUCAAUGCGAGUUCGGAGAAGAAAUCCGAAGGCAAUUUGAAUCGGCUUGAUCCUAUCACUCGGGUUAUUCAUGGCGUUAGGGAACGUUGCUUGCAAAUCUUACCUCCUGAAGAACUUGAGCAUCUGGAAAUUCCUGUGCGUGAAGAUGCCACUAGUCCUGUUAAGAAAUUGUUAUACAGAGCGCAGAAUGAUGGUCUGUUGUUAGGAGGGUACAACACCCGGUCUGAAGAGCACACAGAGGCCACAAGAUUUAAUUUGUUUACGGGAAAUCAAACUCUAGAUCAGAGAGGUGAAAUGUUUAAGGUAAAUGAAACUGUUACCAUAAACUGUGGUUUCUACAGUGAAAAUGGUGGGUUUAAGAUCUCAAAUGAAGACAAGAAUUACAUGCAAAGUUGUGACAUUGUAGUCUCCACUUGUGCAUUUGGUGGUGGAGAUGAUCUUUAUCAACCCAUUGGAAUGUCAGAGGCAUCCCUUCAGAAGGUUUGCUAUGUUGCUUUUUGGGAUGAAGUUACUGUAAGUACUCAGGAAUCAGCUGAACAUAGAAUUGGUGAGGAUGGAUUUAUUGGGAGAUGGCGCAUUGUGGUUGUAAGCGAUCUGCCUUUUGCGGACCAAAGGUUAAAUGGAAAAAUCCCAAAGAUGUUGGCGCAUCGCCUUUUUCCUCAUUCAAAGUAUUCCAUUUGGGUAGAUUCAAAGUCCCAAUUUAGGAGGGACCCUUUAGGUGUUCUCGAAGCCCUUCUCUGGCGUACCAAUUCAGUACUUGCGAUCUCAGAACAUGGAGCUCGCAGUAGUGUUUAUGAUGAGGCAAAGGCCGUUGUCAAGAAAAACAAGGCCAAACCGGAAGAAGUUGAGGUACAGUUGGCUCAGUACCGUCAUGAUGGAUUGCCAGAAGACAAGAGGUUCCAUGGAAAGAAAGCUCUUGCCGAAGCAUCUGUUAUCGUUAGGGAGCAUACCCUGUUGACGAAUAUGUUUAUGUGCCUCUGGUUCAACGAGGUGGUUCGUUUCACGUCUCGCGAUCAGCUCAGUUUCCCAUAUGUACUGUGGAGGUUGAAAGUGCUCAAGAACAUCAACAUGUUCCCUGUAUGCACCCGCAAAGAUCUUGUUAAUAGUAUGGGCCACAUACGCAAGGCUAAGCCUCUGAAAAUUUGACUCUUGGGUAGACAGGUAGUGCUUCUACUUCUCAAUCUGAAUAGAAUUGUGCUGGGGAACUCGGUCAGUACUAAAUUCCUUCAUUCAUUUGUACCUUCAAUUAUCCCGCUUCAAUAUUUUAGCUUGAAAAGGUAUGAUUUUACAUAGGUUUUGUAAUAUUAUUCUCUCAUUCUAUGUAUUUAUUCCCAUAUUUUUAUCAAAGGAAUAUUUGUUAUUCGGCUUA